UUUGGGGACGUAAUCAUUUGGGCAUGCGCAAAUAUAUCAAAACACCGAAUAAAGAGGGACGACCGCAUGAGGACAUUUAAAUAAAACAAUGCCUUAUCAAGCGUGCGGUGUCUUCCUUUUAAUCUCGGUGUGACAGCUCGGUGAGUGAUCAGAGAAUGGACAACGUUACAGCCUCCGGUGGGGCCGUGGAGGACAUGGAGGGGAUCUGCGUGAUGCCGGAUCUGAGCGCCAUCAAGACCGAGCAGUCGGUGGGUGCGAGUCCGGAUGACACGAGCACCCAGAAUGUGGCCAUGGGCAUCAAGUUCAUCCUGCCCAACCGCUUCGACAUGAAUGUCUGCUCCAGAUUUGUCAAAUCUCUCAACGAGGAGGACAGCAAGAACAUCCAGGACCAGGUCAACUCUGAUCUGGAGGUGGCUUCUGUUUUAUUUAAAGCUGAGUGCAACAUCCAGACCUCACCGUCCCCGGGUAUACAAGUGCGCCACGUUUACACGCCAUCUACCACCAAACAUUUCUCCCCCAUCAAACAGUCCACCACACUCACCAAUAAACACCGUGGCAAUGAGGUUUCUUCCACACCUCUUCUGGUGCAUUCUUUGUCCAUCCACCAGCUUGCAGCCCAGGGGGAAAUGGUGUUUCUGGCCAGCAGGAUUGAACAAGAGACUGUAAUAAACCUCCAAGAUGAGGAAGGCUUUACCCCCCUGAUGUGGGCCGCUGCACAUGGACAAAUCGCUGUCGUUGAGUUUCUGCUCCAAAACGGUGCGGACCCCAACCUGCUGGCCAAGGGGAGAGAAAGUGCACUGUCUCUGGCCUGCAGUAAAGGAUACACUGAUAUUGUGAAGAUGCUCAUUGACUGCGGUGUCGAUGUCAAUGAAUAUGACUGGAAUGGAGGAGCACCUCUGCUGUACGCUGUCCAUGGGAAUCAUGUGCGCUGUGUUGAAAUCUUGUUAGAGAGUGGCGCUGAUCCUACCAUUGAGUCAGAUUCUGGAUUUAAUGCAAUGGACAUGGCUGUAGCUAUGGGCCACCGAAAUGUUCAACAGGUGAUGGAGGCACACUUACUGAAGCUACUGAUGGGAAUCAGAGAAUGAACUGUGACACUUGAGAUAAACAAAUAGUGAAGGGAGGACGCUGGGCUCUGGACAAUCAUGUAGCACGCCCCGGCUGUCAGCCAACAGGAAUAUUUAGUUCCAUGAAGUGAUAUUUCAACAGCGUUGCAUCAUAUCAACAUUUGUGGACCUGAUGCACAUGAAGGUUUGUGCUGUGUGAAUUUUUUAUUUGAACCCUCAUUCAAAUGGUUUUACUCUUUACAAGUCUUCACAGUGUGUGGAGUAGCACAUCUGAUCUGGAUACACUGACAGAUAUUUAAAGAACAAAAGUGUAAAUUUGAAUUUGGUAACACGUUCUAUGAAGUUCAUGUGUAUAAUGCAUCAUAAACAUACUUAUAAAGUGUUGUAAUCUGCUCAUAGCACUUUAUAAGUAUGACUCAUAAUGCCUUAUAAACAAUAACCAUAGCACAUUUUAAUCAUUUUAUAAUGACUUAUAAGGUGAAGGUUGCAAGACCAUGUCCAUAAUGCAUCAUAAAUAUACUUGUGUAAUAGUGUUACCUGACCCUAUAAUCAGUUUGCAACACAUAAUACAAUACAUCAUAAUAGUAUUAGAAAGACAAUUAUAAUACAUUAUCAUCCUUGCAAAAAUAGUAAAUUAUGAAGUAUUAUGAUACUUUACUUGACCUUUUAAGUUAUUAUAAAAUGCUUUAUAAUGUGUUUCUGUUAUUGUCAUACAUCGUAAUGGGUGUUUAUGAUGGCAGAUAACUAUUAUAAUUAUAUACACUAUAAGCAGAUUACAAUGCAAUAUAAGUAUGUUUAUCAUGCAUUAAAGGCAUGGGUGUCAUAGGUAUCAAGUGUUACCCAGCAUGCACUGCACUCCACCUGUAGUAUGCUGCUAAAUGUGCAGUGCAGUGUCGGAUUGAUUGUGCUUUUACUCUGCACGGAGGUUUUACUUUAAGACUUUUAAUAUUGUAUAUUACAUGACAUGCCGUCAUUGGCUGUUUUAUCCUUUUUUUUUCUCCAUCAAUGCAAGUGUUUUAUAAACUAACUUAUUAACCAUAAGAAUCUGUUUUAAAGAGUAAAAUAUUAAUGUAACAUGUUGAAUUGCUUGAUGUUCAUACUGUCCGGUCUCAUACCGAGCACAUUUCUGAGGUUAAUUUUGCUCUUAUAAAGAUUACAGUGGGUGGAUUGAAAAUAUGGGUAACACUUUCUGCGAGGAUCACAUCUAUAGUACAUUAUGAAGGCGUUCAUGGUGAAUUAUGAUGCACGUAUGUACACUCAUAAAUGUGCAUGCUUUCUGAUGCACUAUAUCGACACUAAUAAAAACAUUAUAGAUGUGAUUUGAUCUAAAAGUUCAGCUUUCUUAUGGAUGCUUGAGUAGUUUUAAACAGAUAUAAUACAUUAUGACAACCUUUACACGUUUUAAGGACACAUCGAAGGAGAUAAGUCCAUGCAGCAUCAUAAGUUAUCGUUGUAUGCAUUUAUAACAAAGCAUGUUCAGUUUUAACAUUUCAUUAUUGGAGCACUGAAAAGAAUAUAUGCUGCAACAUAACGGAUUAUUAUGACACCAAAUUGUUAAACUUUUUCGAACACCACAUUUUCACCUUAUAGUGAAAAUUAAAUGUGACAAAAUGACUUUUCUUACUUUGAAUAUAUGUUUUGUAUGUUAAGGAAUAUCAAUAUGACUUGAUAAUGCUCUAUAGAUGUGGUCUUCAUAUAAAAUGUUACCAAAAUAUGUUCAUACAGACUGAAAUGCACGAUACAGACUGUUUUUGUUGAUCCUGAAGAUCUUUGUGUUGUUGAGUUUAUUUAUUUUUAAUAAUUUAGACAUUUCGUUGUAAUGUGAUAAAAUCCUUAUAUUGA